AUGGACCACUUGGUCAGCUACCACUACGCGGACAUCCUUCAUGUCGACGCCCAGACCUCUGAAGUCCUGGUCGACCACGCGCUCCCAGAGGCGACCAAUGGCCUCUGGUUCGUCGAUGACGAACCGGCACAAACCCGGAAAACCGGACCCAACGCCUACCAGGUGCACACCGACCUCCUGCUUUGCCCUGGCCAGGUGCUGGAACACAGGGUGUUCUACACCGACUCCACGGAAAUCCUGGAGGAGCUGCAGAAAUUCUGGCAACCACGAUGGCUGCGUCAUCGCGAUGUUCCUGCUGACCAAUGGGACCGCAUCCUUGGCUUUGUCCAGGCUCAUGUUCCACAACUGGAGAUGCAGGUGCCGGCCAUCACAGUCAGUGCGUGGGAUAAAGUCAACGCUCGAUACAAUGAACACGCGGCAAGGGGUCCUGACGGUUUCGACAAGCAAGACCUCCUUCGGAUGCCCAUCGUCCUCAAAGAACGAAUGGUGCAACUCCUCAACCAUGUCGAGGAUACCGCUCAAUGGCCACAGCAGCUGUUACAAGGCUUUGGAAUUCCAGUUCCUAAGGAGACCGCGGCCGACACCAUCAACAAGUUCAGGCCCAUCAUUGUGCUCUCCACUGUCUACAGAAGCUGGUCAAGCCUCCGUGCCAAGGUCCUCAUCCACUUCCUUGAGAAGUUUGUUGGGCCAAACGCCCUAGGAUUCCUUCCUCGACGAGAAGCCGGCCAGAUCUGGCUCUACAUACAGGCCUCAGUGGAACUUGCACUCCAAGGUGGCCAAGGCCUCGCCGGCCUCACCACGGACGUUAGCAAGGCCUUUGAAUCCAUCCCACGACGACCCCUGAUGGCCACAUGUCACCAUCUCGGAGUACCUGCACGAGUCCUCCGACCAUGCGACCACUUCCUGAACAACUUUCAGCGACGCUUUGUCCACAAUGGACAAAUCAGCGAGCCACUCACAUCCACCUCAGGCCUACCAGAAGGGGACUCUCUGGCCGUCAUGGGCAUGUGCGUCAUCGAUUGGGUCUUCGACCUCUACAUUCGUUUUGCGCCGGCAGUUAUCCCUAAGUCCUUCGUGGACAACUACGAACUCCUGGCCACGAACGCAUACGAACUACUCCACGGCUACGCGGUCAUGCAGACCUACAUGGAUCUCUGGCAACUCCAGCUUGACGAGCCCAAGACAUUCACAUGGGCAACCUCCUCACAGGACAGAAGCCAUUUUCGCCGCCUUGGCCUUCGAGUUAAGACCACGGCAGUUGACCUUGGUGGGGCACUCACCUUCUCCCGCGCUCGUUCCGUUCAAGGACAACUUGAGCGCUUCAAGGCCAUUGAACCUUGCUGGGCACGGCUCCGGCGCCUGCAAUGGCCUCCCAGCCGAACUGAAAAAGCUAUGGGCGCACUUGAAGUGGCCACCAUCAAUGAUGCACUACGGGACGGAUCCUUCAUGACGCGGAACAUCCAGGGGAAGUUCGACCUUGCGCACGGCUACAACUGCGACCUUUGCCAACAGCCAGAUUCCAUGGAGCACCGAUGUCGUGAAUGCCUUCCACUCACCCCUUUGCGGGAAAGGCACCAGUGGGUCAUGGAACGCUGGGAUAACUGGCCAUGCAGUUUACGGAUCCACCUGCUCCCCAGCAGGAAUGCCCACUUCCGGGAGAUCAAGCACGCCCUCGCCGAGCUCCAGGACAGGACUCUCGACCAUCAUCUUCAACCUGGUGACCAUCAAGUAGUGGACAUCUUCACGGACGGUUCCUGCUGGAACCCCAACGACCCCGACCGCUCUUUGGCCGCAUGGGCCGCGGUCUCGGCCUCGCACCAGUCCGUCCUCGCCAAAGGACCACUGUGUGGACCACACCAGUCCAUUGAUCGAGCCGAACUGACCGCAGCCUUGGCGGCGGUAUCCUGGCUUGCGCGGACAGGGGUCAAAGGAACCCUAUGGAUCGACAACUCCUACGUUGCCCAGACCCUCAACCAGAUCGCUCAUGACCCGACCAACUCCAACGUCCACUCGCACGAGGACCUUUGGGAGCAGACCAGCCAAUUCCUGGAAAUGAUGUAUCCAGGGCAACUCUCAGUGGUACACGUCAGCAGCCACCAGGCCGAAAGUGACAGCCCUGACCCUUUGACCGACUGGAUCAUUUUCUGGAACCGACAAGCCGAUGCUGCAGCGGGCCACGCCCACACUAUGCGAACCAGCUCAUUCCGAACCCUUUGGGACCGCUACGAGCAAGCCACCCGGCGACAGCGCCAGGAAGUGGACUACUUGCGGGCCUUUCAUCUUGAUCUGGCAGCCACAAGAAAGCGGCUACUCUCUGAAGGUGCUCAUGGGGAAGAGCACCUGGACCCAGACGAAGAUUGCGAAGCCCCUCGGAUUCCACUUCUGAACGCGCGCCCGGCCCUGGUGAAGCCCGAGUUUGGCAUGUCUUGGCUGACUGCUGGAGGCGCUCCGCGGCUGCUGCUGCCGCACUGCUCCGCCGUGGACUUUGCCGAGGCGCUGCCCUGGGAAGGUGUGACCCGGCCCCACGACCCCAUGCACUGGUUGCAUCCGCUGCUGGAGCGGCUUGAAGAGAAGGCCUUUCUCAAUGUUGAGGUGAGCGACAGGGACGCGGCCCCAGACUGCGAGCUGAAUGGCUUCGGCAGCUUUCAGGACCCGGUCUGCGGUCUCGCGAAGCUCGGGCGGCACGACACCUUGGUGCUGCAGCGGAGCCUGACCUCCUGCGUGGGCCAGUCCACCUGCCUCGGCGGGGCCCAGCUCAUUCCUGGCGCGCGCUCCCUGCAAGGCCCGCUCAGGCUGGAGAUCGAUGAGGCUGAGGCCAUCAUUGCCGACCGCGGCGUGGAUGUGCUGGCGCUGUCGCCCAAAGCAGGCAAUUGCGCCGAGCUGAAGAGGCUUCUGGAGUGGAUGGGGGCAACGCCCCAGGUGCUGGUGCUCAACAUCAACCCUGUGCUUGCGGUGCCCUUGCGGGUGGCGCCGGACUUCCUGCGAGCCAGAAAGCUGGGCGAGCAUUUGGACAGCUGCUCGCUGCAGACUGCCACGGACUUCCUGGCGCCCCAGUUUCUGCCACUCUUCGUGGACACCGCGCGCGCGGUCUUCGUGGCGCAGGCGGCUCUUAGCCGCUUCGGCAAGGUGGGCCACCUCCCUUCACUGUGGCGGCGGGGCGUGAGCUGCACGCUGCCGAUCUCGGAGUGGCUGGGAGAGAAGGUCGUGCAAGAGGCUGCAGCUCUAGGUGGCGCCGAUUGGCCCUGCCAGAAGCUGCUGGACAGCAACGUGCCGCGGCUGCCGCUGGCGGCCAUGCGGGGAGUGCAGAAUAAGGAGCUGUACAAGGAGGUGAGGUGCGGUGGCCACGCGGGGCAGCUGAACCUGGAGCCCGCGACGCUGCCUAUGACCCCGGGCCGCGGGCAGAUGCUGCGGGGCCGGGGCCGCUGCUUCCUGGAGGACGGAUUCUGCGAGUGCUUCCCGCCUUGGCGCGAUGCCUUGUGUGACAAGGAGGACUUAGGAGACCGCCAAGAUGAGCCACAAGGAGUGCUCAUCGCCACGCGGCUGUCUCAUGCGCCUGGCGGAAUGGAGAUGCUGCGGCAGAACCUGCACAACUGGUGGGAAAGUUUCAACCACCAGCUGGACCGGCCCAUCCUCAUCUUCCACCAGGGCCUCUCCCGCAGCGAGGCCUCCCAGCUGCGCCAGGCCUCGCCUAACCGCGUCUGGUUUAGCCACCUGGGGCCCUUGCUUCGGCGGCCCAGAAAGAUCUACAAAGAGAAGCACGACGAGGCCCUGCACUGCAGGUUUAAGUUUGCCUGGGUCAUCGAGGAGCCGUCCAUCGAAAGCUAUGAUUGGCUUAUGUGGCUGGAUGCGGACAUGGUCUUCCCCGUCCCGUUCGAGCGAGACCUUGUGAGGGAGACGUCCUCGGCGAGCGCCUCGCUGGGGUUCCUGUCAGAAAGGGCCAAAGCUGCCCCGGUGCUGAAGAACCUCUUCUUGCUUUUCAGGGAGGCUGAGCGUGCGAGGGGGGAGGCCGUCGAAGGCAGUCCAGAAACUGGGCUCUCCUCGCGGCUCAUGGUGCUGCAGCUGGCGGCCUUCAGGUCUGGGCCGCUGCAGCGCUUUGCGCAGUGGGCUCUGGAGUUUUCUGGUACCGCUUUGCCGCUGGGGCGACAGCGCCCUGAGGGCAUUGCAGGUCUGCUGCCGACUGAGGGAGCUGAGCCCCCGGGGCAGGGCUGGGGCUCCACUGCCCGGUCCUGCGUCCAAAAAGCCAUGGCUGGCAGCUCUGUCUUCAACCUGCUCCUCGUGCACCGCCUGGUCACCCUCUUCAUUCGUCCUUGGCAGCAGAGCUGUGACAAACGCGGUGCGGUGCGUGCAGGGAACGUGGGAACGGGGGACAUCCACUGGAGUGAAAGAUUUGCACGGGAGUGGGAGUGUGUCAUGGCGAAGUCCAAGAACCACACCGGGCACAAUCAGAUCUACAAGAACCACCGCAACGGCAUCAAGAAGACCCGCAGGCCCCGUAAGAUGUCCAUGCAGGGCAUGAACUGCCGCUUCGUGCGCAACCAGGCCUUUGCCAAGCGCGGCAUGAAGAAGCUGUCUGCCGAGGAGAAGGAAGAGCAGCUGAAGGCGCAGAAGGAGGCACAGAAGCGCAUUGACGAGAAGCGGAGGGCCGAGAGGGAGGCAUGA